GCGUGCGCUGCUGGCGGGGGAGGCGGAGGGAAGAUGGCGGGCGGCCGUGGGUCGUGAGGCGGCGGCGGCGGAACUUGCCGGGGCCAGGAGGACGAGGCGGGCAGCGAGGUGUUGGUGGGGCGCGGAGUCCCGAUACGAGAGGCUGGCUGGGCGCCUUUCAGCAGGACGCAGCCAUGGCCACAGAAAUCGGCUCCCCGCCCCGGUUCUUCCACAUGCCGCGGUUCCAGCACCAGGCGCCGCGGCAGCUCUUCUACAAAAGGCCUGACUUCGCCCAGCAGCAGGCCAUGCAGCAGCUCACCUUCGAUGGGAAGCGCAUGAGAAAAGCUGUCAACAGAAAGACCAUAGACUACAAUCCUUCUGUAAUCAAAUAUUUGGAGAAUAGAGUAUGGCAGAGAGACCAACGAGAUAUGCGAGCAAUCCAGCCCGAUGCAGGAUAUUAUAAUGAUUUAGUCCCUCCUAUAGGAAUGCUGAACAACCCUAUGAAUGCUGUGACAACAAAAUUUGUUCGGACAUCUACUAAUAAAGUAAAAUGCCCAGUGUUUGUUGUCAGGUGGACUCCUGAGGGGAGACGCUUGGUCACUGGUGCAUCUAGUGGGGAGUUCACUUUAUGGAAUGGACUGACUUUCAAUUUUGAAACAAUAUUGCAGGCUCACGACAGCCCUGUAAGGGCUAUGACUUGGUCACACAAUGAUAUGUGGAUGCUGACAGCAGACCACGGGGGAUAUGUGAAAUACUGGCAGUCCAACAUGAACAACGUCAAGAUGUUCCAGGCACAUAAGGAGGCGAUUAGAGAGGCCAGUUUCUCACCCACGGAUAAUAAAUUUGCUACAUGCUCUGACGACGGCACUGUUAGAAUCUGGGACUUUCUACGUUGCCAUGAGGAGAGAAUUCUUCGAGGGCAGCCUAGGUUUGUCUGUGUGCAUCAGUGUUCCUGAAGCUGCAUUUCUCUAGAUCACAUUCCCAGCUUCUCCAAAGACUCCGUAAGUAGACCUGCUGUGCUCACAAAAAUAUUUUGUUCCUUUACAUCCAGGUGAAAUGGGUGCUAGACAAUCUUUUUUCUUCUUUUUCUCUCAAGUAAGAGCUGGUCUACAAAAUAUAUUUCACUGUUCAUUCCCACACCUGUUCCAGGUCUUGACUGUAAUGUCUAAACAAAAAUUAAUUUCUGAGUUUAAGCAUUCUAACAGAAGACUGCAUAUUAUUAAAUAUUAUUUUGAGACUUCAGUUAUCUCAAAAAAUAUUAUUUAUUUACUAAAAUAUAAAUUUUAAAUUUUAGAAGUUUUUUGUCUUAAAACAUGAGAAGUGCAGGCCAGAUUUGUAUUGGUGUUUUUACUACAACUGAGUUUAGAAAGAAGUAACCACACAUUUCAAAACUUGUAGACAAAAUUCUCCCAUUUGAAUUGUAAUUAAUCAAGAACAAGGUACAGUUGCACAUUGAAAAAACAAUCUGGGCAUCUAUGAAGCAUAUUUAUAUAUAGCAUAGGUGCUUCUAAUUGUUAGCAAGAUAUCUCUGUUUUCUAAGGAUUAACUGAGUCUGCAGCUUGAUAGAGUGCUGGGUGUUACUGCUUGCUGUUUAUUCCUGGUCAAGAAGCAUCCUGCCUUUUUUUGUCUGCCUUCUGUUCUUUCUUACCCAUGCAUAAUUCAUACGCAGAAAUAGUGUUUUUAAUUAGCCCAGCUGAUACAGUGAGAGAAAAGAGUAGGGUUUUGUUGUUUGGUUUUGGGGUUUUUUUAAAGGCUACACUAGCCCUUCUUUAAGGAUGCAGAAACUUGCUUAUUUUAGUUCACUUGAUGUAGUUGGAUAAUAAGAUGCCUUUUCCCUGCAGAUCUUGCUUUAUGCCCUUAAAUCUUCAAGCAACAGCAACUCUUUGUUGCUUCCCUAGCAGGAACUCGCCUACUUAAAAUGACUGUAAGAGGUUUUUUUUCUCUUCAGCUAUACAUACAUUCUCAAAAGCAUUAUUCUCUUGGCUGCUUUGCUAAAUUUAGCCCUUAGGAAUAUUGAUAAUAUUGAUGAAUAUGGAUUACUCUUGUUCACCACUCUCCUUUUGGAAGUCCCUCUUCUCCAGAGACUUACAAGUGAGCACACGGUGUUACAAGUAUGAAUGCAAAAAGCUAAAUUCAGUGAGAAUUCUUUUAUUACAUUUAAUUAUUCUGCAGUUAUUCUUUGGAGUUCUUUGGACAAAGGUAGGUUCUUUGUUUCACACUACUCCUAGUUUGUCAGGAAUAUCCCUUGCUUCUAAAGGAAUGGAGGAAUAAAAGAUCUUUCCAAUCACCUAUGCAAGCAUGUUGGAGGUGUCAUUUCUGUAUUACGUAUUGCAUUUGCUGGCAGUUUUAAACAGGACUUUUCUAAAAAUGCAGCCAGGAAUUUUUGAGCUUGCAUUAAUUUAGAAUUCCUGUGGUCACAUAAAACUGGAGCAGGGGAGGCUUUAAAUAGCAGGUGCACUCCUGCCAGCCAUGUUUGGAGGGAUGCAGCCACCCCUUCCUGGCUGGAAAACACAUCCUGCUUGCUCACAGGCUUUGCACACGCUGCCUGAUACUCUCUCACUGCCAUUUUCUUUACAUCAUGGAAUUCUUCAAGGACUAUCCAGGCUUUGUCCAUAAGAGCAUUUAGUGUGUGUGUUUCAGCCUGCAAUUUCACCAUGAGGAUGUCUGUUCCUAGUAAGCUUGGCUAGAAACACUGGCAGUUAAUCAGUGUUUUGCACAAUGGUUGAAGCUGCAUUAUUUCCUGCACAGCUCUGUCAUCUCAGGUAUCAUCACUUCCACAGGUGUAGAAAAUCACAUUAAUUCACUGAAAUUCAAAAAAGUUCUAAGUCAUGUGGGUUUAUUCCACUAAAGUAAUUUACUAGGUAUUGCACAAGUUAUUUUUAACCCAUUGCACAGUAUUUAUUUACCAAAUUAAUGACUUGUUCCAACAGAAUGUUGGUAUUUGAAUAAGCUUUUUUUUAAACUUUUUGUAAGAUGGAAUAAUUUACUUGGUAAGUAAGUUUACUUCAACUUACUUUGCAAGUAAAGGAAUAGGCAUGAGACAAUUUUUCUGAGAAAUACUUAGCAGCAGCAAUUAUCACAAGUAUCUAACAAGCAUAGUUCAUUAUUGGUGUAUGAAAGGGAACAGUGUGGGGAAUUUAAAUUAGAAUUGAAUUUGACAUAAAGUGCCAUAUUAAAAAUCUUAGAAAUUGAUGUUGCAUUUAUUAGACAUGAAGGGUAUCAGAAUAUUUUUCCUGAUAGAUCUAUUUCUUGCAGUCCUUGCACAGAAAGGACUCGAGUUUACGAGUGAGGAGGUAAUUAAUUUUUCAGUUUGUUACAGUCCAUGGCUCUUGGAUGCCAGUCACUGUGGACUGAACAUCUGCAGGGAUGGGAAUGGUCACCCAGAUGGUUAAGGUGAUGUGUUCUGCUCACCAGAUGUUUUCUCCUAAUUCUAGUUCCAGUCAGCCUGAACAAAUUACCUGCUAGUGAAAAAUGAUAAAUUGCACUAAUAAUUCUGAAAAUCUAUCCCACUCCAAAAAAAAAAAAAAAAAAAAAAGAAGGAGUUUCAUUCACAUAGGAGCAGAAAAGGUUUUACUCAUUUCUACAUAAUAGCAGGAAUAUUUACUGCUUCCUUGCCAUGUGUGUCAUGCAGACUGCAUAACUAAAUCCCCAGUGGUUUCUGUGAGAGGGGCAGUGAUCCAAGGGCACAACCUCUGGGGCUGUCUUGAGAUCAGGGCACUGCUGCUGGGGUGAUCCAAGCCCCGUGGCCAGCAGAUGAAGCUCCUGUUCCUAGAGCCAGGUGUUCCCCAGCCUGCUGUUCCUCUCCCCAGUGUAGUGCUUCUUGCAACAGGUCAUGUUCAUGGCACAUUGACUCUUGUAAAACUGCAUCUUGCUAGCAGCAGAUAAUUCAUUUGGGAGUGGGUAUUCCAAAAACAGACCAGCCUAAUGAAGGUGUAUUUUGUGUACUAAAACAGUAACUGUAUUUUAUUUGCACUGAAAAUAAACUGUUGACAUGGGAUUAUACCUGUUAAAGCUUCUUUUUUAUUUUUUUUUGUUAACUUUUUAAGGUUAAAAAAGCACUUUAUUCCCAAAUACAGACUUGCUAUGUUAAGAGAAAUAUUAAAAGAAUCAAAAUGUAAAUUUGGCAGUACUGUUAACUUGCAUCAUUUUGCAAACAAAUAUAUUUGGUUUUUUUUCACUUUCCUCAGUGGAUUACUUCAGUAGCAAUGACAUGCUCUUACCUAGUCUUUCUUAAACAGAAAUUAUACCAUGUUCUCUCAUGAGAGUCAUCUUUCUUUGGUCUGUGCUUUGAGACUAUUUAUGGAAAUUUAUCUGUGCAAGUGAAGAGGUGACUCUUUUUUCCACCUCCCUCACAGCACUGAUUCACUUAAUCAGUAAUUUUAUUUUACAGAAGAUUUCUAAAGUCCAACUUCCUAGCAGAUAAAUCCUGUAUUUUCUCAUUCCUCAGCUUAGCUCUAGACACCACUCACAGCACUGUAAAAGGUGUUUUAUUUGAAGAGCACAUAUCAGUUCUACUCCAGGCCAGGAGAGCAGCCUCAUACUGGCCAUGACCUCCCCCUCACUAUUUUUGUGCUUAACCUACUUCCUUCUGCCUGUUAUUUUCCAAAUGUGUGCCCUCUUCCCAAGAACACUUGCUUUUUAGCAGCUUCAUCUACGGACCCAGUUCAUUGUGCUUAUGGGAAUUGGUUUGUCUCUUUCUGAGACUGGAAAGAUAUUUUUAAUUUUCCUCCUUUUGCUGUGUGUAAGAUGAAAAAUUUUAAAAGCUGCUACAGAAAGCACUGAGAGAAAUCAAAAGAUUCCUUAGGAAAAAACUUCUUCCUGAAUCACAUGGUCAUAGUAAACACUUGUUCUCUUUUGCCUUUAAUUUUAAAUUGAUAAUAUAGUUGGUGUUUUCUUUUGGUGGUUUGAGCCACAUUUUUUACGCAGCUGUAGAUGAUUUGAAGUUUAGCAGGUAUCUUUUGUGGUGCUUUUUUUAUAUAACAAAUGCUCCAAAAUCCAGGUCAAAAAAGCUCCAUAGAUAACUUGUUAAUAUUUCCAACUUGUAUUUCCAGAAUGGUGGUAAUUAAAAUCUCUGGUACUAAUAUUCCUCUUGUUGUGCUCAUCCCAUAUCAAAGAAGACUGAGUUAAAAUUCUGCAGGCAAGAUCACUGUUUCAGAAAAACCAAAAAGUUUAUUUUUUCUUAGUCUUGAUGAAGAGAUAGUCAACUUCUUUUUUUUUUUUCUGUGUGCACUUACAGAUAGAUGGACAUUCUGUGUCUUGGAUUCUUUUGUCCAUGUCAUUUGACUUUUUAUGUAUUCUGUAGAAUUUUGGCUCUAUGUCUUGUCUAGAAUUUUUUUAUAAAAUUUAAGUUUUUUAAAGCUCUAUAAUAGAUUUAAUUCAAAAAGUACUUCAGACUAACUUAUUUUUUCUCUAAGUGUAAGAUUUUUGACUAGCAAAGUUUCUGUUUACGUAAUUGGAAAAUUUUAAUUUUGAAAUAUUAGACAAUGCAUCUGGUGCUAACAUGGAGGGGUGUGCAAUAACAGCCAGGAGCUGUUGUUAUAGCAUUGGAAUUGAAUAUUUUUCUGUUUCUGAAGAGUAAUUUUCCUGUUCUAAUCAACAUUUUUUCCUGUGGAAGUUCUGAUUACUUCAUGAGAACAUAACACUGCAGUUACAGUUGCAGUAGGCUUUUAGGCUUUUUUCCUGUCAAAUUCUGCAUCAUUUCUUUAUCUUAUUUUGGGAAUUUGUAGCAUUCUGCUGGGUACAUGUCCCUAUAGACACAAAUACAAAUUCAGUUAUAGCAUGAAUCACAGAGGGGAACAAUAUUCAUGUCUUGGCUGACGUUUUUACUCCUUUGAGGCUGGCAGUGAAACAAAACUAACUGGUAGUGACUUCCAGAAGCACAGGGUUGGAAGAAGUAUUUAGUCUAUCCAUAGCCUGAUGUGGAGGGAUGUGUUUGAUUCCUGUAUCCUCUGUUCUGGUCUUGAAAGAACAGUCUUUUAUUAUAUUGCCAUAGGAAACCUGUGUCACACCUAUUUUUUUUUUACAUUAAGAAGUAGUAGCAGUAAUUUUUUUUCCCCUGCACAAAUGCGGAUUUAAAAUGUGCAUGCAAAAUGUGAUUUAAAAAUCACAUCUCUCCUGUUUUGUUCACAUCUGCUUGUGAAAUCAGUAAAUGAAUCCGAGGACAGGAUUUCCCACAAAUUGUUGCCAGCACUUUUGUUUGGAAACCCACUUAAAUUGGUGAUAGCCCCCUUUGCCUUUCUUCUCAUGCCCAUAUACAUUAUCUUUACAUGUUCUCCAUACUUCUUCCCCCUGGAUUUGAUAGAUCUGGAUUACUUAAGUGUUAUUUGGAUUGUUUUAUCCCAUUUCUUCCUGUUGACAACUCUCCCUUUCUUUGUUAGUUAUUUUGCACAAAAUACCGGGUAAAUUUUGAACACCAUAUUUUUCCCUGUCUCUUUGUUCAGUCAUAUGUGAAGAGCUUUAUUUAAGAUCUGUUCAUGUGCUUGUAGAAUUUAAAAUGAUACACAGGGACACAUGGAUUUUAGAGAGUUUCAUAGUUAUCCACACUGCAAAACAGUUGUUUCAUAAGGGACCUCUCUUUAGAAUUGAAAGAGAAAUAAAAAAAUUUGCAUUUCUUUACUUAAUUAGGAACUGCAGUGUUGUUUUUAAAUCUGAAAGAGGAAAAGGUGUUGUUAAAUUUCAGAAUUAUUAGAUGGCAAGAAAGGGAGGACUGGGAGUGUGGUGGCAAUAUAGGAAAGUCAGGAGAAGAAGAGGAAAUAAGAGCACUGAUGCUGCAGAAGUUUAAAUUAGGACAGAAAAUGUUCUUUUUUUCUGUCUCUCACCUGACCUCAUCUCUGCUGCUUAAAAUUUCAACCAAAAUUUUAGGUUUCUGUAAUCUUCAAAUCAUUGUUUGUCUCCUGCAUUUCAAUUACACUUUUUCACUGAGAUUGUUUUUUUUUUUUUUUGCUGUGUUUUUUCUCAUUUGCCCCAAGAUCACAGCUAAAUUAGACAGGACUGUAUAAGAGUGUGAUAUUACAUGUGGUAAUUACAUGCCAGAUUUUUUCCUGUUUCAGUUCAUGCUGUCCUGUUCAUUGGGGUGGGUUUCCAUUCCCAUAAUUUUUCAGCCCUUUUGUAUUUCAGUUGCUUGAAAAUUGGCCCUUUCUGCUUGAGAUGAGAAUUCUGUCUGCUCAGAGAGAGCAGUGCUUUGUAACUCAGUGCUGUGCUUUCUGCCAGGGGUUUAUUUCAGUAGACCUGCUGCUUCCCACUUUGCUCAGCCUUGGUGGCAUUGCAAAAUGCAAAGAGCAAAUUUACUGGCCUCUAUCUUCAUAUCCCUUCUUGGAUCUUUUACACUUGCUAAUUGGAUUAUUAACUGACACAGAUAUUUUCCUACAGUCUUUAUAAAGUUUGAUAAUCUUUCUGUCGGCCCCCUCGCCUCACCCCAGGCCUGCUGCUGUUCAUGUACUACUGGGAUUAUUGUCAGCCAUCCAGUUUUUGCCCUACAACCAAAGAAAACAGUUUCCCCAGCUUCUGUGUACCUAAACUCAGUAUGUCUUUGCUUGAGAUUGUAGUGAGCUCAUAAUUAUGAGAUGUUUUGUAAUGGUAAACUGGGUGUCAGAAGUACUUAUAUAUAUUUUUUGGCUGGAAAGAAGAAAAAUAGCUUUCCUGCAAAAGUGCUGUCCCUUAAUGUGAGCACCUGGAUGGACAAGUGUUCACCUGGGUCUGGCUAGAUGAUCAUGACUGUCUUUAAAAGUAAUUUACUUGACUGACAGUUGAUGGUGCUUCUCUCAAAGGGAUGUUAAAAAGGUAGGAGGUUGCCCUGUCAUCUUAACCAUGAAAACACAUUGAAAGCUAUUCUUACAGUUAAAGAAUAUCAAGUUGAGUGAAAGAUCUUGGUGGUCCUUCUGUGCUUCUGGGUGUUUCUAUUAAAAGAUUCUGUGUUCACUUGGGAGUAAGGAUAUAUCAAGUUAUAUAAAAGACUUCUUGUAACUUCUUUUACUGAGAUCCACAAAUACUUUUCUUAGUUUUUUGUAGCUUGCUGAGAGAAUUCUCUGGUCAUGUGGCUACACAGGGGUUUGAAACUUGAAUUAACCUCUAAACUAGGUCUUUGGGCUGUUCUUUUCACAUGCAACAGCCGUAAUCAGCAGCAGAAUUCAAAUGAGCAUCCAGCAGGAUGUUAAAGGAAAUAAUUACUGGAAAUUAUUACUAAUGGUUACUCUUAGCUUUUCUGGAAGUCUUUGUUCUCUUCCUGGAGCUGGGAGCUAAGUAUUCUGAUUUUACCACUUAGAACCUUGACCAAAAUUUUGGUCAAAGCAGAGAGCUAGAGGCAAGGAGGUACUAAACCCUACAGUGUCUGCCCUGAUUUCCUUCAUUUCCCCUCUUAACUAAUUUGCCAGGCUGAAUUUUAGGAUGCACCAAAGUUUCUUCAUUAGCUUCAAUUUCAAAAUACAUCUAAAUUGAUACUGUGGUUUUGACAUUCCUUCUUAGCAUUAAUUACUGUAGUUUCAAUAAAACUAUCAAACUUUGCUUAAUGAUGUCAUACAGAUGUAACAGGCAAAGGCUUGGCAAAAAUGUGCUGACGGAAAGGCUGGGGGGUUUUGACUCCUUAUUGGCACGAAGUAACCACACCAGGUCACCAUUUUCAGGAGUUAGCAACCAGAACUAGAUCCUUAGUAUGUAUCUAGAAAACCCAAUUGAAGCUACUCUAGGUUCAGUUCAUCUCAAAAUCCCAUCAGUUCCUGGAAGCUUGGCUUCAGGCAUCAGAUUUUAACUCACGCCUCACUUUGUUCUUCAUUCAUAAACUACAAGUGUAUGUUCUGACUGUAGUUACUUUGACAUGAACUGUCACUGUGAGGCUUCAAAUUAUUUGAUAUUCUAAUCAAAUUCUUUUAUUCUGGUUUGGCUUUUUUUAAGUUGAUGGUACAGGCUAUAAGCAGACUCCAAAACACUUGUUUGGCUCAUGUUUAGAGGACUUGAAUGGGAACGUUUCAUGUGAAAAAUAUUUUGGUCUGUUUUUACAACAUAAUAUGCUGCCCAGCAAUUUGACUGUACUCAGAUAUAAAGCCACAAAGCUCUGGAAGCUACAGACUCAUGAUUGACAAAAUAAUUUAAUUUCUCAUCUGUUAAGUUCACGCUUUUUUUGGCAUGGAAGGAGCAGGCGUUGUUCCUCUCUUGGGCACAGCUGUACUUGUCCCUGCUGUCUUUUCCCCUGUUCUGUGCCAUGCUGUGUUAAAUGAGCUUCGUCCUGUCUGGGGGCUCCAUACAGGCAACAUUCCUUAGAGGCAGUGCCAGCUUUGUCAGAUCCAGUGGUUAGUGCCAGGGACUUGAAAGAAGGUGCCAGAAAACAAGCAGUAUAAACUGUGGGACACUCUUACUGAGGGAGUGGGGGUUUGGCUCCUGUCAGAUGUUGAUGUUAAUGAAGCAUGAGAGAUUUUCUUACAAUUGCUGUUCAUUUUUAAUGUUUCUUGUACAAUACUUUUCUUAUCAUUAAAUGUAAAUGCCCUUUUAAAUAAAUAUUUUCUGUCAAUGAAAA